AAAGAUAAGGCCAUGUUGAGAGGGGUCCUCUAAGAGAUUUAGUUCCAAACCAUACUUUCAUUUGAUUUGCAGAAGAAAAAAAAAAAAAAGGACCAACCAAACCUUCUAAGAGUUGUGUUUGAGGAGAGAGAAAUUGUUUGUCUUUCUCUCUCUUCAUGUGUGCGUGUCAAAGGGUACAUGCAAAACAGUGACUUUGAGAGUUACAUAGAGAAGAGUUGAAGAUUGUUCAAUUUUUCAUAUAUUGAACAUCAAGUACUUUUCAUGUUUUUUUUGUUUCUCACAUCUUACAUGCUCUUGUUUCUGAGCUGAGAUUAUUCAUCUCUGUGCUGUUGAUUGGAGAUUGAAUACUUGUUGUUGCUGCAAAGACUAUGUUGGAAGGUCGUUCGUGCUUGGUUCCGAGGUUGUUUUCUGGUUCUUGUCAGGCAGAGGCAGAGAAUAAUUGGUCUUUCAUGAAAUUCAUGCCGGAUUUGGAAAUAAAAAACGGAAAGCGAGGUAUUGAUGAUGAAGACGAACCGCAGCCGAGGAAGGUUAACAGGAGACUGGAAUCUUGUUAUCAAGGUGAGAUGGAUUCUGUUGUUCCACAAAUCGAUCUGGAUGAUGAUCAGAGGAAGGAUUUUGAGCCAUUGAAUGAUUGCCAAAGUGUGGAAAAUGUUGUUGCUUUUUCUGUCCUGUUUUUGGCUGAAAAAUCGCAGCAUUCGUUCGGUGAUGAACUGCAGAAUACGCAGCUUGAUGAUGGGAAUUUGAUUAAUUCCACUGACGAGCCGACGGAUGAACAGAAGGAACAUCAUGCAGGGGAUUCAUCAGAUUCAAGUUCACUUUUGCCGCGCAUGAAUCGGGAUAGCUCGAUUACCUGUCUAAGCCGCUGUUCGAGGUCCGAUUAUGGUUCACUUGCCUCGCUGAAUCAGAGCUUCCGCAACAUAAUCCGGAGUGGUGAGCUCUAUCGUUGGAGGAGACUGAACGGUAUCAUAGAGCACUGGAUUUAUUUUUCCUGUGCCCUCCUCGAAUGGGAAGCCUAUGAUCCAAUUCGCGAACGGUGGAUGCAUUUACCUAGAAUGGCUUCUAACGAAUGCUUCAUGUGUUCGGAUAAGGAGUCUUUAGCGGUAGGUACCGAACUUCUUGUGUUUGGGAGGGAGUUGCAAUCCCAUGUUAUAUACAGAUACAGUCUUUUGACAAACUCGUGGGAAUCUGGAAUGAGGAUGAAUUUUCCAAGAUGCUUGUUUGGUUCUGCUAGCCUCAGAGAGAUUGCGAUUCUAGCUGGUGGUUGUGAUUCAGAUGGGCAUAUCCUUGAUUCGGCUGAGCUCUAUAACUCCGAGAAUCAAACAUGGGAAACACUCCCAAACAUGAUCAAGCCCAGGAAGAUGUGUUCUGGGGUAUUCAUGGAUGGAAAUUUUUAUGUUAUCGGGGGAAUCGGUGGACGUGAUUCCAAGCUUCUUACCUGCGGUGAGGAGUAUAAUUUACAAACUAGAACAUGGAAAGAAAUUCCUAAUAUGUCACCCGGGCGUAGUGCUAGGGGAUCGGAGAUGCCUGCCACAGCCGAGGCACCACCUCUAGUAGCUGUUGUAAAUAAUGAACUAUACGCCGCUGAUUAUGCUGACAUGGAGGUUAAAAAGUACGAUAAAGGUAACAAAGUGUGGCUUACAAUUGGUAGAUUACCAGAGAGAGCGGCAUCGAUGAACGGUUGGGGUCUAGCAUUUAGGGCAUGUGGAAAUAGGCUCAUUGUUAUUGGCGGACCAAGGAGUCAUGGCGAGGGUUUUAUUGAACUCAAUUCAUGGGUUCCUAGUGAAGGACCUCCACAAUGGAAUCUACUUGCUAGAAAACAAUCCGGUAACUUUGUUUAUAAUUGCGCCGUGAUGGGAUGCUGAAGAAUUCAAUUGUGAAAUAAUUGACAGAAGAUUCUUGCUAAUUGGUACUUUCCUCCUUAUUCUUUUACUAUGAUGAUAUUUUUCUUUCAAAGGUGGGGGAAGAAAUUCAGAUAAUACUCAAAGAUUGGCUCAAAGUUUUCAGGGGAAGAAAACUAAAGUCUUUUCAUUUUUAUGUUUACAAUUUUCAGUUACUAUUUUGUUCCCAUUAUUAAAAUUGGUAUCUUCCCCCAUUUCCAUUUACAUGAAAAUUUUCACAGCUUGAUAUCAUGUAGCACAGGAAUAGGUUAAAUAAUUCAAGUUCCAACACAAAUUGUAGGUUAUUGGUGUUGUUGUUGUAAGUUUUUUUUUUUUUUUUUUUUUUUAAUGUUAUCAACACAACUAGAUAUUUGAUUUUCUUGAUCAUAAAUUUUCUUACCUUAAAUGAUAGAAUAAUUUCUUAGUUGUUUCUUAA